AGGGGGGACGAGAGAGAGAACAGUGCUUUUGGGUUCCUUUCAGAGGAGAAAUAAUAAAAUAAAGAAAAGAACGGAUUGAUAAUUUGAUACUCGUUUGUAUUACUUUUGUAUGUAUAUAUAGAGAGAGAAAAUCGGGGAAAAAAAAUAAUUUUUUGUACUGAUAGAUGUAAUGUGUAUCGCAUAUUUAUGUUUACUGACAAUAGUUGAAUCUGAAUCCAACAAUUUUCAUGAAUUUACUGCUCCGAUCAUUCACUUUCUCUGACGGGCCCUCCAAUUCUUAACCCUAAACACAAACCCAGAUACCCGAUUGUUUUUUUCUUUAGGAAAAAUCAAACCUUUUUUUGGGAUUAAUGAAGUGAAAAUUGAAAAAUUAGUUGUUUUGUUUUUAAUUUUGAUUAUUGUUUAUUAGUUGAUUUUCGAUUGCCGACUGGUUAGAGUAAGAAAGGUGGGGGAAGAUGAACGGUUGUGAUGGUGGAGAUGUGGCGGGAGCUUCGGCUGGUCCACCACUGCCGCUCGAGUGGAAAUUCUCUCAGGUUUUCGGGGAACGCGCGGCCGGUGAAGAAGUACAAGAAGUUGAUAUUAUAUCGGCGAUUGAGUUUGAUAAAACUGGUGAACAUCUUGCUACUGGUGACCGCGGGGGAAGGGUGGUGUUAUUUGAAAGGACGGAUACCAAAGAGCCUGGUGGAAAUCGAAGAGAUUUAGAGAGGACAGACUAUGCAGUGAGUCGGCAUCCUGAAUUUCACUACAAAACCGAAUUUCAGAGCCAUGAACCUGAGUUUGAUUAUCUCAAGAGUUUGGAAAUUGAGGAGAAAAUCAAUAAGAUACGGUGGUGUAACGCAGCUAAUGGUGCGCUCUUUCUUCUGUCCACUAAUGACAAAACCAUCAAGUUUUGGAAGGUCCAAGAGAAAAAAGUCAAGAAAAUUUCUGAAAUGAAUGUAGAGCCUUCCAAAUCUGCUGGAAACGUCAGUAUUGCCAGUUCAAGUUUUUCUCCCAGUCCUAAGCAGUAUCUUCCUAAUGGAGGAUGUCAAGAUCGAUCUUACAAUUCUUUGAGCAAUGAUGUGUCAUUUCCACCUGGGGGCGUCCCCUCACUCAAAUUACCGGUGGUUACAAGCUUUGAGACCAGUCUUGUUGCGAGAUGUAGGAGAAUAUAUGCCCAUGCACAUGACUAUCACAUCAAUUCUAUUUCUAAUAAUAGUGACGGUGAAACAUUUAUAUCAGCUGAUGAUCUGCGAAUAAAUCUUUGGAACUUGGAAAUAAGCAAUCAAAGUUUCAACAUUGUUGACGUGAAGCCAGCAAAUAUGGAAGAUCUAACUGAGGUCAUAACUUCCGCAGAGUUUCAUCCUACUCAUUGUAACAUGUUAGCAUAUAGUAGUUCAAAAGGAUCAAUUCGUCUAGUUGAUUUGCGGCAAUCAGCCUUGGUAGAUUCACAUUCUAAACUAUUUGAGGAACUGGAGCCACCUGGUUCAAGAUCAUUUUUCACUGAGAUAAUAGCUUCAAUUUCAGAUAUUAAGUUUGCGAAGGAUGGGAGAUAUCUGCUUAGUCGUGACUACAUGACCCUUAAGUUAUGGGACAUUAAUAUGGAUUCCGGACCAGUGGCUACUUUUCAGGUUCAUGAGUAUUUAAGACCCAAGCUAUGUGACUUAUACGAGAAUGAUUCCAUUUUUGACAAAUUUGAGUGUUGCCUGAGUGGUGAUGGUCUAAGAGUGGCAACUGGUUCUUACAGCAAUCUAUUCCGGGUGUUUGGGGGUGCUGCUGGUAGUACUGAAGCAACCACACUGGAGGCAAGCAAAAAUCCUAUGAGACAACAAGUCCAGACACCUUCAAGGCCUUCAAGAUCCUUGAGCAGCAGCAUAACUCGUGUUGUCAGGCGAGGUGCAGAAAGUCCCGGAGUCGAUGCCAAUGGGAAUUCAUUUGAUUCCACCACAAAAUUGCUCCACCUGGCAUGGCACCCAACUGAAAACUCGAUUGCCUGUGCUGCUGCAAACAGCUUGUACAUGUAUUACGCAUAAAUAGCAGUACUGAAACCCAGUCGACAUUUUUGGAAUGCAGAUAGGACAAUGUUUCUUCCGCAGCCAAAUAGAGGCUCUCCCAUUUCUCAUAUCCAAGUGCCUCUUAAAUCUGUAAGCACAUGUAGUGGCUGUCAUCGGAUUCUCAAUUUACCAACCUGUCUUCAUUACUGUCUGCUCCAGUUCGCUUUCUUUCAUCACUUGGCCUCUUCUGCUCCAUCCUCAAUUUAUUUUAAUUUUUUUUUUUUUUUUAACCUCGCCUGAAAACGAAAGACGGGAAAGAAUGUGAUUGUAGGACUGUACCUAGUCUUAAGGUAUAUGUAGUGUCUAACUUGAAAACUUCUCGGAAAAAAUGAGGUGCCGCUAACUUGCCAGGCAUCGAGUUUAUUAACUUUUCUUUGAUAGCAUAAAGUUUUCUUCUGUGUGGAAUGGUUUUGGUCUGCUUUGUGUUGUAGAUUUAAUUUGUAAAAGUAAUUAAAGCUCCGGUCUCAGUCGAUUUUUAUUUGCAUGGAAAAAUUGAAUUUCA